GAAAAUGCGCGGCGUCAUCGCUUCUGGCCUCGACCUAGCCACACCCACUAGCCCGCACGGGCCCGGCCUGACAGGUAGAGCAGCGUCACUCUUUGCCUACAACACCAUCCGGCCUGUUUACCCCCGCGAGCUAGAGCACGCAAUUCUUUUCUCCUGUCCUCUUCCUAAGGACCUACACUACGCCCACCACACGAGACCGGCCACUUACACAGUCGCCCCUGCGCCUAGCCACAUCUGAAAUCCCCCCACACACCAACAGCGCAGUUUGGAAUUCUAUGCCCCUAGGGAGACUCGCGAUCAACCUCAGACUUCCCCUCGUCUACUCCCACAGGUCCUUCUAGGCACCGGACAACAUGGGUCAGACACUCUCAGAACCCGUCGUCGACAAGAAAUCCGAAAACGGCGAUGGCGAGUCACUCAUCUACGGCGUGUCGUCGAUGCAGGGCUGGCGGAUCAGCAUGGAGGACGCGCAUGCCACCGUACUAGACUUUGCAGGAGAAGCAGGCAAACCCACUGGCAACGACAAGCGACUCGCCUUCUUCGGCGUAUACGACGGACACGGUGGUGACAAGGUGGCCCUGUAUGCUGGCGAGCAGCUGCACCAAAUUGUCGCGAAACAGGAGGCUUUCAAAGAGGGCGACAUCAAGAAGGCUCUACAAGAUGGUUUCCUCGCCACGGACCGCGCCAUCUUGAGUGAUCCCAAGUACGAAGAGGAGGUAUCUGGCUGCACUGCGUCAGUUGCCGUCCUUUCCAAAGACAAGAUCUACGCCAACGCAGGUGACUCGCGUACUGUCCUAGGCGUCAAGGGAAGGGCUAAGCCGCUCUCUUUCGACCACAAGCCGCAGAAUGAGGCUGAGAAGGCACGUAUCCAAGCCGCAGGUGGCUUCGUCGACUUUGGCCGUGUCAACGGCAACCUGGCUCUAUCGCGCGCGAUAGGUGACUUUGAGUUCAAGAAGAGCGCCGACCUUCCUCCCGAGCAGCAGAUAGUUACUGCCUUCCCGGAUGUUGAGAUACAUGAUAUCAACCAAGAUGACGAGUUCUUGAUCGUCGCCUGCGAUGGUAUCUGGGAUUGCCAGUCUUCUCAAGCCGUCGUCGAGUUCGUUAGGCGCGGAAUUGUCGCAAAGCAGGAUCUUGCCUCCAUUUGCGAGAACAUGAUGGAUAACUGUCUGGCUUCAAACAGCGACACGGGAGGUGUUGGCUGUGACAACAUGACCAUGACUGUCAUUGGUCUCCUACAAGGAAGGACGAAGGAGCAGUGGUACGAGGACAUCGCAAAGCGGGUUGCGAAUGGAGAGGGUCCAUGUGCGCCGCCAGAGUACGCCGAGUUCCGCGGUCCCGGCGUUCACCAUCGCAUUGACGAUUCCCCUGAUGACAUCGACAUGGACUUGGACAGUCGAUUCCGGCCGAACAACGGCAACGGCGGCCGCAUCAUCCUUCUCGGCGACGGUACCGAAGUCUCAACUGGAGACAAUGACGGCGAGAUGUUCGAUAACGAAGACGAAGACAAGGAUCUGGAUUCGCAAGUCAACAAGUACAACCAGGACGCCAACGCCAAGUCUCGUGAGGAUCGCGAAGGCACGCCAGGCCCUCAGCACGAGAGUAAAGUUCAAGUGACCGAGUCGCCCUCAUCUGUACAGACGGAGAAGUCCGAUGCUCCCGAGUCCCAGACCGACAAGAAGCCUGAGGCAGGCACAACCAAGACGAGCGAGAAAUAGCUUGUCCCCACUUGACUUGGCCACGAUUAAUGAUGUUUGGCUCGAAGGGUUCAGUUUCGAUGCAUGAUGAUAUGCAAUGUCUCUCUUAUGGAUGUUUUGCAAGCGACGAUGGGUACGUUGGUUUCCUGUAGAAUCAAACGACGGGUCAUGGAAACGAGCCUCAUGGAUCGCAAGCGGGCAGGUUUACGAAAUGAUACCUGGCGGGCUCGGCCUUUGCCUUCCACUUUACC